CCGCCCCGCUUCGUCCCCCUGGUACAGCGGGAAGUCAGGUUCGGAGGCUUCGGCUCUGCAGACCCAUCUGGAGCAGCGAGGGGCCAUGGAGCAGCGCCUACCGUCGCCGCGCCGUCCCCGCCACCUGGGGCUGCCGCUGCUGCUGGCUUUGGGGACCCAGGCCCUGUGCGCCUCGGCCCAGCCCGGGGGGGUACUGUGGCCCUUGCCGCUGAUGGUGCGCACGACCCCGCUCCUGCUGCGUCUGGCUCCCGAGAGCUUCUACAUCGGCCACGGCCCCAAUUCCACGGCCGGGCCCUCCUGCGCCCUGCUGCAGGAGGCAUUUCGGCGAUAUUAUGACUAUAUUUUUGGUUCCUACAAGCAGCGUCAAGGCCCUGCUAAAUAUCGGAAUGACCCACAGUUACAGCAACUUCUCGUUUCCAUUGUCCUCGAGUCAGAGUGUGAUGCUUUCCCCAGUGUGACGUCAGAUGAGUCCUAUAGUAUAAUCGUGAAAGAACCCGUGGCUUUCCUCAAGGCCAACAGAGUUUGGGGAGCCUUACGAGGUUUAGAGACCUUCAGCCAGUUAAUUUAUCAAGAUUCUUAUGGAACUUUCACUAUCAAUGAAUCCAGCAUCAUUGAUUCUCCAAGGUUCCCUCACAGAGGGAUUUUAAUUGAUACAUCCAGACACUAUCUGCCAGUUGGGAUUAUUCUUAAAGUUCUGGAUGCCAUGGCUAUUAAUAAGUUCAACGUUCUCCACUGGCACAUAGUUGAUGACCAGUCUUUCCCUUUUCAGAGCAUGACAUUUCCUCAGUUAAGCGGAAAAGGAAGCUAUUCUUUUUCUCAUGUUUAUACACAAAAUGAUGUCAAGAGGGUGAUUGAAUAUGCCCGAUUUCAAGGGAUUCGAGUCAUACCAGAAUUUGAUACCCCUGGACAUACUCAGUCUUGGGGAAAAGGUCAGAGAGGACUCUUGACUCCAUGUUACGUUGGACAAAAGCAGUCAGGCACUUUUGGACCUAUAAACCCUACUCUGAAUACCACUUACAGCUUCCUAACUGCACUGUUCAAAGAAAUUAGUAGGGUGUUUCCAGAUGAAUUCAUUCAUUUGGGAGGAGAUGAAGUGGAAUUUAAAUGUUGGGAAUCAAAUCCAAACAUCCUAGAUUUCAUGAGGCGACAAGGCUUUGGAAAAGAUUUUAAAAAACUACAAUCUUACUAUAUUCAAAAGCUUUUGGAUAUUGUUGCACCCACAAACAAGAGAUCCAUUGUCUGGCAAGAGGUUUUUGAUGACCACGGACAGCUUCAGCCGGGCACAGUAAUCGAAGUAUGGAAAGGUAACGGGUACACUGACGAGCUCAGUAAAGUGACAGAGGCUGGCUUCCCUGUAAUCCUUUCGUCUCCUUGGUACUUGGAUUUGAUUAGUUAUGGGCAAGACUGGAAAAACUAUUAUGGAGUGGAACCUCUUGAUUUUCAAGGGUCUGACGAACAGAAAAAGCUCGUCAUUGGUGGAGAAGCUUGUUUAUGGGGAGAAUAUGUGGAUGCAACUAACCUCAUUCCAAGAUUAUGGCCUCGGGCAAGCGCUGUUGGUGAGAGACUCUGGAGUCAUAAAAAUGUCACAAAUAUAGGUAACGCCUACAGCAGACUAACAAGGCACCGCUGCAGAAUGGUCAGACGUGGAAUAGCUGCCGAACCACUUUAUGUUGGACACUGUGACUAUGACGACCAAGUAUAAAGUGAGCCAAACAAACAGGAAGAGAAAAGGCCACAGCAAUCUGCACUCUAAUCAACUUGAUUCUAAAAUCAUGUGAACUAAGAUUUAGACUUUUUUGAAUAAAAUAUAUCUUUUUAUUGAUUGCACCUCUUAAUUAAAUUA